AUGGGUGAGACGAACAGUGGUGGCAAAAGCAGCAGAUGGUGUCUGCGGGGGAUGACAGCUCUGGUCACCGGUGGAUCCAAAGGAAUCGGAUAUGCUAUCGUGGAGGAGUUGGCACAGCUUGGAGCCACUGUACACACUUGUUCUCGAAACGAAGCUGAACUCAGUGAAUCCUUAAAUGAAUGGACCACAAAAGGAUACAGAGUAACUGGUUCCGUCUGUGAUAUGACCUCUCGUGUUAACAGAGAAGAGCUGAUAGCAAGAGUCUCCUCUCAGUUCAAUGGAAAACUCAAUAUCCUUGUAAACAAUGUGGGAACAAACAUACUGAAACAGACCAUGGAUUUCACAGCGGAAGAUUUCGCAUUUCUGAUGAAUACGAAUCUUGAAUCUUGUUUCCACUUAAGCCANCUUGCACAUCCUCUCCUAAAAGCUUCAGAAGCUGCAAGUAUCAUUUUCAUGUCCUCNAUUGCUGGUGUUGUAGCUACAAACNUAGUAUCCGUUNUNUAUAGUGCAACAAAAGGAGCAAUGAACCAAAUGACAAAAAGUCUUGCAUGUGAAUGGGCCAAAGACAACAUAAGGAGUAAUUGUGUUGCACCUUGGGUAAUCAGAACCCCUCUGGCGGAAAAGCACUUGAAAGAGGAAAGAGUUGUGAAUGCUGUAAUAUCUCAAACCCCUCUGGGACGGAUUGGAGAGGCAGAGGAGGUGUCUUCGUUGGUGGCAUUUCUGUGCUCGCCUGCAGCAUCUUACAUCACUGGACAGACCAUUUGUGUUGAUGGCGGCUUCUCUGUGAACGGCCUCCAUAUAUUGCAGCCUUAGUUUUCACUUUUUCUGUGUUACGUCAGUUACAUUCUCGUUGCAUUGCUUUCUGUUUCAUUAAGAAUAAAUUAGGAGACCGUACUUUCCUAAGUUCAGUUUAUGGGUGUGUUUGAGUUAACAAUUAGUUAUCAAUCUCGUACUGAGAGUGUGGUAUGUUGAAU